AUGGCCGAGUUUUCGCGGAGCGAGCUCUGCGAGCUGCGGAAGCGGCUCAUGGAGACGUGCGAAGGCGACGUGCCUCUGCCGCCACCUGAGCAGUGGCUGGAUCACGAGUUGGAGCUGGUGCGCGAGACCCUCUACUUCGUGAUGAAGUUCCGCUGUGUGGGCGAUCGGGCCGUUGUCGCCAAGUGCAUCGGCGUCUUGGCCUGCCUGCGCUGCAUGUGGGCAGAGCUUUUUGAAAGCUGCACCAACAAGAACCGCAUGUGGAGCGGGUACUCUUUCGUCCCGAAAGAUCCAGAAACCGAUGUGGACUCCUGGCUGCAGCAGGUGCCGGCCGUGCAGUUGCAGGAGCGAGUGCGAUAUCUUCGCUUGUGCCUUGGCAUCCUGCCGCAUUACUUCGGCCGCAGGCUUGGCACCGAAUGGCAGCUGGCCUUCGCUCAAGCCGGCCUUGAAGCGAGGAAAGUGCUGGAGCGCAUCGAGGAGAAUCCUGCUUUGAAGGAGCUGCGAGCGGAGACCUUGCAGCUGCUGGACUAG